GAGGAUCCAGUUUUCGGCAGCCUAUCUCGGCUCUCGGUAGACCUACUGGUAAUAGCUAGAGUAGUAAAAUCUAGAUGUAGAUGUAGAUGUAGGUACGUAUUGUACUUUCCACCACUUUUACAGUGACAAUGUGUUCGUGGAGGUGUUGAAGGCCGCCGGAUAAUUAGCGGAGUUUCAACUUACGGUUAUUUUUUACAAAGAAGACAUCCGUGACGAGCGUGCCUUGCUUGAUGUGCCGCCUACGGUCCGUCAUCACCGCUUUCAAAGACGGUUCUGCCUUGGUGUACCCCUAAGGCUGGUAGCCAGCCCUGGAAAUGUCAUCACCUGACGAAACAGAAGCUGCGGUGGAUGCUGCUCAUUACUACUCUAGUGGAGAUGCGCCGUGUGCCGAUCUCAUUCGUAUGUGCGAGAUCAAUGACCACACAGGCCUGCAGGAGCGACUGAAAGUCACUGACCAUGCCGCACUUUCUCAACUCGUUCGCUCCGACUACUGGAUGCUCCCGUCACACUUCUUGUCCACUCAAAUGAAAGUAUCUGGUGUAAUGCUCCUGGCGUCUUGUUUCUAUGGGAGCGUUCAGUGUGCGGACGUCAUCCUUUCUCAAGCUGAGAACCCAGGUGAAGAGGUCAACUGUGAAGUGAUGUACCCCGACUUUGACAAAACUCCCGUGCCCAAGCCGAGAGUGGUGGGAGUCCCCCGUGAUACGAGUCUCCUCUGUGUGGCAGCCAGCAGGGGCCACACAGCAGUGGCUAAACUGCUCAUUGACAGUGGUGCAGUGCUGACACUGACUGGCCAGGACGGGCACACAGCACUUGGAGAGGCAUGUAGGAAAGGUCACACGAAUAUGGCAGUGCUGCUGCUGGAGAAGGGUGCUUCUGUUGAUCAAGCAAACCGGUUUCAAGACACGCCACUUCAUGUGGCAUGUGAGAAUGGCCACAGGGACACAGUGAGGGUACUGGUAGAACACGGCGCUGCUCUGGAUCUGCAGGGCAAUGAUCUGUACACGCCCCUUCAUUAUGCUUGUGAUGGUGAUCACGCUGAGGCCGCCGACGUACUGUUGCAGAGUGGUGCUGAGGUCAACGCACUCGACCAGGAAGGGUACACGCCAAUUCUCCUAGCAGUUCACCAAGGUCACAUCCGUACCGUCAAGAUUCUGCUGCAAUACAAGCCGGACUUGAGGAUGAAGAUUGCGACUGGUCAAAAUGCAUUGGCGCUAGCUUAUGUUCAGGGUUACCCAGACAUCAGCCAACUUCUACAAGCAGCCUUAUUGCAGGAAAUGGCAAUUCUCACACCUGACAAAGGUGGUCAGGUGCAGAGCCGUAAUGCUGCUCUCAUAGUUCCUCCGGCAUCACUGCCUGGCAGCAUGAAAGUGGGAAUCGUGCAGCAUUUCAGCGGCACACGCUGGAUUGGCUCGGGAAAAGUGGGCAACGACGACGGUGCUCGCCUCACCUCACAAGUCCAGGACGAUGCUGAGCGUAUUGCCGAUGACGGCGCCAUCGGUGGUAACCCAGGCAACCAUGAGGACGACCAUGGCCUCACAGUGCUCGCGGUUGUGUCAUGUACACCAUCGGGUGCUUGUUUUGAUGAGAGUGUCACUAUCCGUGUGACUCUCUCCGAAGAGCAGCAACGGCUGAUUUCUGAUGACAGUGAGUUGCAUGUUAUUUCCACGCCUGGUCAGUUCCUGUCAAGACAUGAAGCAGAAGCCAGCGACGAGUUGACAUUGGAGGACGACUGCAAGAUCACCGUUGAGGAUUGUUUUGCCACGUUUCAAGUUCGACACUUCACGACGUUUGGUGUCGUCAAUGAAAAGAAAGGAAAAGAUCGCAAGAAACCUACUCCCAGCAUCAUGAAGAAGGUGUCCAAGUUCUUUUGCGGCCUGAUAUCGAGAUCAGUCAUCGUCAAGACAUUCUUCGGCUGGCUGGAUUCCGAGUAUGGGGAGCUGCUCAUCACCUUUGGAGGCACGGAGGAUGAGUUUCCAGACCGGAACGAGUUGGUGACGUAUCCGCAGAUGCAGCUAUCUGAUAGCGACGUCCUGAAGCUGACGAUCCAAGACAAGCACGCCAGCUUGAAGAUUCCGGAGAGGCAGCUGGCUAAGUGUGAGAGAAUCACACUACGGCAGAGCUCACCGAUGUCACUGACCGUCCGUUGCUCUGGCGCUAGCAAGGAGGAAGCCCUGCGCUUGUUGCUGACUGUCGAGCGGCGAUCGGAAGAGGAUAGAAUGCUACAGGAGUGGAACCGGUUCUUUUCUCUGCCAGCACCGGAGUCAUCACCGACAACACAGCCACCACCAGAAGCCAAUGUGCCGGUGUCGGGCCCUUGGGCGGACGAGCGAUUCAACUCGGGUGCGUACAGAGGCUGGGUUCUGCUUGUGGAAGAGACGCUCCUUCGAGGUGCGGCCAUUGGCAAUGGGCUGCUAGACGAGAAGGAAAUCCGCGUCCUGGAGAACGCCCAAGCGAAAGGUCUGUGUCCAAGUCACAAUGAGCUGUUUCUGAGGUUCGUCACGGCCGGUGGACACGGCUCUUUCCAGAAAUUCUUGAGGACAGUCAAGUCCAUCUACCCGCACAAAGUGCAGGACUUUGAGGAGCUACUGAAGCCUAGUCAAGCAUCCUCCUUAGUCAAGAGGAAGCCCAAUCCAUGGAUGGACGAGCGCUUCACCAGACAAUGCCGGCAAUGGAUCACGUUCAUCCUUCCAGACCUGCUCCGGACCCGAGCAACCAAGGGCCGACUGCUCACGGCUUCCAUGAUCCGAAGUCUCCAACAAGCUCAGAAAUUUGGCAACGUCGUACACAAUAGCCUUUUCAUUCGAUACAUGAUUCCAGGAGAGGCAGAGAAGUUUGAGACCUUCCUGAACGUGGUUAAACAGUACUGGGAGCACAAACUGGACGUGUUCAGGAGCAUACUGGAUCAACAAGAGGACGCUCCAUCUCCAUGUACUUCAGCGCUGGGGCAAGUUGAGUCAUCGCCAGCAAGUAAUUCAAGCGCACAGGAAGCUGAGGAAGUGCCGCAGAAGGAGCUUGACCAUCCCAGUGAACAGGCGGAGACAAUGACGAAAGAGCACGAUUCCACGCAGACGCCGCUUGGAAAUGAAACCGACCUAACCACUGACGACGUUUCUGCUGUGGACAGUGAUUCUGACAGGAGUGUAGCUAGUCUUGUGCAUACCCGUGCAAUCUCCAGGACAAGCAGAACAGUACGUGUGCUUUGCUGCUGCUUGCGUUGUGACGGCCAAGAAUAGGAGCCUGUGCCUUGAUCCCCAGAUAUACUGCAUGGUAGCGUGCUACGAGACGUUUUCAUACUUUGAUCUAGUGCACUGUUGUUUCUUGAGCUCUGUGUUUUCUAUCCACAUGCGCGUGUACUGUACGAUUGUACUGCUCGAGUGCACUGCACGAAUGUACUGCACGGAUUCAUUUCUUGUAGAAGUAGCUGUGCAGCUGACAGAGGUUUUAUACUUUUAGAUGAAUCAAACACAUUUUAUUUUGAAACAAUGUUGUACUGUGUAUCAUAGACCCUGAACGAUUUCUAUUUUUAGCUUAUGGGGUCUAUAAUUAGCAACCC